AAGGAAGGGCCGGGCGGGGAGUGGGAAGGAGGAGAGGCUAUUCUCAUGGGGCCUGCCCCCUUGUUCAUGCUGAGAGCCGCUAUGAGAAGCCGCGCUCGACGGAGCGGCCCCACUGUAGCUAGUGCUCCUCCUUCGCCGAGGCUGCGCCCCCCAGUGCCUGCGAGACAGCAGCACCAGGUGCACAUCCCAGCUCCUUGGGCUGCUGGGGAAAAUGAUCUGAAUACUUUACAUGGAGGGAGAACAGAAGCCACUGCAGAGACCAGCUGCUCUCCCAAGUGGUGUGGGACAGUGAUUUCUACUUGGAGAAUCUGAGGCUUUGAACUUACUAGGACUUGUGAUUGUGCCCUUCUAAGAUGACUCUUCCAAACCUCACUCAGCCUGAAUAUCUUCCACAGCCCACUGACCCCAGUGAUGGCCUGCAGGGCUUGUUUGCUAUGAUGCAUUCCUUUCUAGGGCUAGUGCAACCCAAUGCUUUCCCAGAUUUCCUGCCUCAUCUGAUCGAAGGUGAGACCAGAAUUACAAGUCCAGAGUUUUACAAAGAGGUGCUUGUGUAUCAGGCAGGAUUCCUGGUUUGCAUCAUCAUUGGAAUACUCUUCAUCAUCCUCAUGCCCCUGGUGGGCUUGUGCUUCUGCUGCUGUCGUUGCUGUGGGAACUGUGGGGGUCGCAUGUACCAGAAGCAGAAAAAGCAUACUGGCUGCCAGAGACGGGCAUUCUUUGCAUCUGUGCUGGUUGUUACUAUUAUUAUUCUGGCUGGAGAUAUCUGUGCCUAUGUCAGCAACAACCGCCUGUCCCAGAAUGUAAAUAAAAGUUUCAGUGCUUUCAAUAGUACCAUGGACAACUUGCACAUCUUCUUGCACUCCAUCCCCCAGGAGAUUGAUUUCAUCAUCAGCUCCAGCUCAGUGCCAAUACAACAAACCAAUGCCAGCUUGCUGGACAUUGGGAAAGGUUUGGGGGAUAAGAUUGUGAACCAGCUGCGUGGAAAGGCAGACUCAAUGCUGAACACAGCUGAACAGCUUUUGAAAGUGAUUGAUAUUGUAGAACAGGAACUCCAAAAUGUCAACAAGUCAAUCAGUCACUUGCAGAAGCUGCAGGAGGAACUAGCUGCUAACCUGACCACCCUAAGUAACGAUAUCAAUAAGACUUUAUCCAACUGUGGUGAACAUUGUCAGGAUGUUUCAGUACAAGGACUGGCUGUCGUGGCCAAUUUCAGCACGGUUCCUGAUGUCCGACACCCACUUAAACUGAUAGCUGAUGUGAUAUACUUGAACCCCAAUGCCACACUUGUAGAGGCAAACAAUACACUGAAUAAGAUACCAGAAAAGGUUUCUGAGCAAGCAAAGAAUGUAGCAUCUGAAGGACAGGCUCAUCUGGACAACAUUCAGGAGAAGAUUGGGACAUUCCGCAGCAGCCUCCCCAUACUGGACACACUGAGGAAUGCCUCUGAGUUUCUGAGUGACAUCACCAAGGAGGCUGAUACUUAUGAGCCAUACAUCAAAACCUAUGAUGGCUAUAGGAAGAUUGUUGGCAUCUGUCUCUGCUGUGUGGUGCUCCUGAUAAUAGUGCUCAAUGCACUGGGCCUGCUGUGUGGUGCCCUUGGGUUAGACACGCGGGCACCACCCACCAAACGGGGCUGCCUCUCCAACUCUGGAGGAGACUUCCUAAUGGCGAGUGUUGGGUUCAGCUUUAUUUUUGCAUGGCUUCUGAUGCUGCUGGUUCUGCUGACAUUUUUAGUAGGGGGCAAUGCAUACACGCUGUUGUGCCGUCCUUGGGCCUCUGGACAGCUCCUCCAGUUUCUAGAAACACCAGGGCUCUUCUCAGAAUUCAACCUGUUGAAGUCCUUGGGAAUGAAGGAUUCUAAUGUGACUCUGACCAGCAUCUACAAGGACUGCAAAAACAAUGACUCCUUGUGGAACACCCUGCACUUGGAUGAGACAGUUUCUCUAGAUGCCACCCUCAACAUCAGCAAGUACACACAAGACAUUGACUCCUCUUUGAAUAAAUUAAACAUCACUGUGAAUUCUACGAAGUUUCUGACAGACGACCAGAUCAAUUCCCUGACUGAGCUGGGCAUAAAGGAUGGGGCACUGAAUCUGAACUUCACCGGUGCUCUGCAACAACACAUCAACCAGAACAUGACACAGAAAGACCUGUCUUCAUUUGCUGAGCUGCUAGACAACCUGGCAAAUAAGACAAGAGACGAUGCUGUUCGUGGACAACUGCAAAAUCAGGCCAAUAGUUUAAGAGACAUACAGUCAUGGGCCACAUCCAGUUUUUCUUCUGCAAUCCAAAACCUGAACAACAGCAUCUGGCAGUUAAAUACAUCUCUGCCUCAGAUUUGGGAGUUGGUGAAUUCCACACUGACACAAGUAGAGACGUUUGGAGUAUUUAUGAAAAAGGAUUUAAAGGAAAUUAUCAAGAAUACAACCUUGGAUUUUGUACACGAAGUGCUAGAUUAUUUUGAGGUGUACCUGGACUGGGUCAAAGGGAUUAUAACAGGAGAAGUGGCACGCUGUGGCCCUGCAGCCUGGACAUUCGAUGCUGCAAACACCAUUGUCUGCAGUUACAUUGUGGAUGCUUGGAAUGCUUUCUGGUUCUGUUUGGGUUGGUGCACCAUAUUCCUGCUGCCAAGUGUCAUCUUGACAGUGCGGCUUUCCAAGUUUUACCGCAGGAUGCACAUGGAUGACGUCUAUGAGGGCAAUGGGGAAACCAUGGAAUUAUCGAGGCUGCCAAAAGUAUUCAAAAUGCCCCGACCAGAACUGAGGAAGUAAUGGCACCUUUCCCACCUAUCUACCUCUGAGUGGCACUGAAGAUGACAAUGAAUUCUACACUAUCCCGGACCUCUCUUGCCAAUGUGGAUCAUGUUUUUCAGCAUCUAGCGGCAUUUUUUCUUGGUGAAGAUGGCAGUUAGUGGACACCAGAUUUUCAGCAAAAGAUGAUAUCGUUGGCAAAAACAAAACCCCAGCUACUGUACUUUCUUCAUAUUUGCCUAUUGUAAAUAUUACGGUUGCUGCAGUUCUGGCAUUUUGUUGCUGCUGCUGCAGCGCUCUUGGGACUGUGGCUCCUUGUGCUGCAGCUUCACUGGGAAGAGAGCAGGUCUUGCCAUCCACUGGAGAGCCAGUUUGGUGUAGUGGUUAAGUGUGUGGACUCUUUUAUCUGGGAGAACUGGGUUUGAUUCCCCACUCCUCCACUUGCACCUGCUAGCAUGGCCUUGGGUCAGCCAUAGCUCUGGCAGAGGUUCUCCUUGAAAGGGCAGCUGCUGUGAGAGCCCUCUCCAGCCCCACCCACCUCACAGGGUGUCUGUUGUGGGGGAGGAAGGUAAAGGAGAUUGUGAGCCGCUCUGAGACUCUUUGGAGUGGAGGGCGGGAUAUAAAUCCAAUAUCUUCUUCAUCUUCUUCUUCUUCGGAGUCAGUGCCUGCUGUAUUUAUGUGUCUACAGGUGACUGCAGCCUUAGAGAACUCAAGGCACUUCUGCUACAAUCACCUCAACCAGAAAUGCUGACAUGGACCUUUGAGUCAGGGGCAGUUCAAUGCCAAUGCAGCUGGAUUUGUGUGACAAUUAGGAUAACUUGUGCUGGGCUGAAGGUUUCUCAGUCAUUACAGGAAAUGUUCCAUUGAGCAACGUGUCCACUGCCUUCAAUGAUUUUCUUCUUUUGAGUAAAAUACUGUAUUUCCCUGGUGCUGUCAAAUUUAUAAAGACAGUGUAUGCUGUAGAUCUCAUAACAUUUCAGAUACAUAACUAAUUUAUUUUAAGUGAUUGUAAUUACACACUGUUACAUUCUUAUGAA